AUGGAACAAGACGCGCCUCUAGGUGAUAUCCAAGCACCUAUACUCGAUAUAAAAUCAUUCGCUAAAUCGAUCCGGGCGCCAACUCAGCCGAUUCUGCCGUUAAAGCGGCGUAUGUCGCUUGACGAGCACGAAGCACCAGAGAAGAACCAAGGACGAGUUGAAACAGCUCCCUUCAAUCAGAAUAUUCUCAAUUUAACGGAUGUGGAGGCCGCAGUCGCUAAGAAAUUCUCCUUUCAAGCACAGGAUGGCAAUCGACGGCUGACUUUGAAUUCGUCUGCUCAAAAAGGUCUUUCAAACGACAGUAAUCCCUCAUUGUUUGCCCAAGAUCACUCAGGAAUUCUCGCCAAAUCUUUCAGUCGCGCUUUCAAGUCUUCCUCUCAGACUGAUUUCAGAGUUCAUCCUGCGAAGAAAGUACAAGAAGAAAGGAAUCUUUCGAUGAGUUAUCAAUCAAGACUCGGCUCGCUCUCCGAUGCCACUACUACUCUCAGCGUUUCACUUGUAAACUCGGGCCCUCAACCUUUUCGAGCGACAACAGGUCGUGCUGCCCCAGACACUUCGAAGGACACGAGCAGACAUGAUAUCGAGUAUGACCUCGCAGACUACACCGCAUCCCCGGACCUCCUUCUCCAUCCUCCACAGACCACGCCCGACGAAAACGUUGCUCACCACGGCUACAGCAUCAGUGAAGGAGAGAAGGCACCAAUCAUUCACGCUAUGUGGGAGGAGAAUGACCAAGAUCUGGAUGACGACAGAAUGGAAGUGGAUGUUUCUUUGGAGAUGAUAGCGAGGGCGCAUGACAAUGUGCCUUAUGGUCUCGCUGAGUAUCUGCAAAGGAAUGCUGACAUUGCGACUACGUUGGAGUUUCGCUGGAAGAAUGCCACAUUUGAAGACUGGCAGGCCGGCCAGCAAGACAUCUUACAGGACAUGAAGAGCAUUCUGGGCCAGGCCCAAACGCACCUACGGCACGUGUUUCACCAUCUCCUCAAUGACUGA